UCAUUCUAUUAUCAAUCAACUUUCAAGUUUCAAGUUCAUAGGAACUGGUUCUUUGUGAAAGCUUCUGUCGAGAGUGCUCCAGAGGUUUCAUGUGUCUCUUAUCAACUAGAGAACGCAUCUAGUUGUGGCGAGCUUCUACCCAAUAGCGAUUGACCUUAUUCACGAGUGAGUGAUUGUUUGAUUGGUUUCAUAUACCAAUUGGCCUUUCACACAAGUUGGAAUCUGUUUGAUCGGGUUCCAUCUUUAUCGUUUGCUCGAGUUUGGUUCAAGCUAGAGAAAAGCUUCAAAAAUCCAUAAAAAGAAGGAAAGCUGCGUGCUUUGGUCACAUCAAGUGGUAUCAAGAGCCCGGUUCAAAAGCGGAGGAGAUGAAGAAGGUUCUUGGGAAUCUUGACGUGUUCUUGAAGCAAUCUUGGUGAAUUCUUGUUGGCUUUCAGCGCAAGAAACACUACCUUGUGCCGCAAGAAUGGAUGAUCCAAUGAAGGCGAUGAUGGAUCAAUUGGCAAAAUUCAUCGAACCCUAUCAGCCAACGCCGCCGAAAUUAAUGCACGAUUCGCCACAAUCGAAGCAAGGCUAGACGCGCCUCAAGCUCCUGCGCAAGAGGUACAACCAAACCCUAAUGCCAAGAGGGGCAGGGGAUAAGGAGAAGAGCGGGGAGAUCGAAGAAUUGUGCAGCGACCUUUGAUUGAAUAUGCAAGAUGACAUCGACCAUUGGGAGGUCUACAUGCAAGGCGAGGCCAACCUCGUGAGGAAGAGGUCAAAUAUGAGGAUGACAAGGACUAUCCUCGAGAGGAAGAAAGUACAAUUGGCAGCACUCGAGUUUAGAGAUUAUGCCAUCACGUGUGGGAUCAAGUAAGCACUAGGAGGAGGGGGAAGAAUAGGUAGCCGCCUAUUGAGACGUGGGCAGAGAUGAGAAUCGUUAUGCUUGAUCGAUUUGUUCCUACUUCUCGUCGUAGAGAGAUGCAUCAAGCCCUACAACUUCUGCGUCAAGGUACCAAGAGCGUAGAGAAUUAUUACCGCGAGAUGGAGAUGUUGAUGAUUCAAGCGGAAUUGACGAUGUGGUUUUGGAAGAAUUUUACGAUGUCUUUCCCGAAGAAGCUCCAUAGGGGCUACCACCAAUUCAUGGAAUUGAGCAUCAAAUCAACUUCAUUCCUAGGGCUACUAUUCCAAACAAGGCAGCCUAUAGGACCAAUCCAGAGGAAACGAAUGAAUUGCAAAGGCAUAUUGAAGAGCUUAUGGAGAAAGGACAUGUUCGAGACAACAUGAGUCCUUGUGCGGUUCCAGUCAUUCUCCUGCCAAAGAAAUAUCAUACAUGGAGAAUGUGUGUUGAUUGUCGAGCAGUCAACUAGAUUACUAUCAAAUAUCGUCAUCCCAUGCCAUGAUUAGAUGAUAUGCUCGAUGAACUACAUGGAUCAAGCAUGUUUUCAAAAAUCAAUUUGAGAUCCGGCUAUCACCAGAUUCGAAUGAAGGAAGGGGAUGAAUGGAAGACAGCGUUCAAGACGAAGCAUGGAUUAUACGAGUGGAUGGUGAUGCCUUUUGGUAUUACAAAUGCUCCAAGUACAUUCAUGAGGUUGAUGAAUCACAUGUUGAGAGCUUUUAUUGGGAAGUUCGUGGUUGUCUACUUCGAUGACAUUUUGAUCUAUUCAAAGAAUAUGGAGGAGCAUCUUGGUCAUUUGCGAGAAGUAGUGGAGACUUUGGGGGAGGAGAAGCUCUAUGACAACCUUAAGAAAUGCUCGUUUUGUACUUCGAAUGUGGUAUUUCUGGGAUUCGCAGUAAGUGCGAAUGAUGUUCAGGUCGAUGACGAGAAGGUGAAGGCGAUUCAAGCAUGGCUAACCCCUACAAAUGUGAAUGAAGUAAGGAGUUUUCAAGAGGGAGGGACUGAUGAGGUCAUCAAAUCCAAGUCCAAUUCAUCACACGAAGGUCCAAUUACUCGUUUACAAGCCAAGAGAUUAAGAGAGGAAUUUGAUGCUUAUUUGGAUCGACAUUAUGCUUAAUUGGAUGUGGACCAACAUCAUGGGAAGCCCAUUAUACUUCUACAAUUCGUGGACUAGCAUGGUGGCAACUUGGGCUUUAAGGAAGGAAAGGAUUCGUCUAAGGAGGAGAAUAAGAGCUCAAGGUGUGAAAAGGAUCAAGGUGGGAAAGGAAUCCAAGAAGGGAAGGCGGAUAUGAAGGCUAGAAUUUAGGGAAUUGUUGACUUGAUCUUUUCCUUGUCUUUUAAGGAGUGUGUUUUCCUUUUACAUGUAGGAUUUGUUUUUCAUUUUAAGCUUUAGAUUACCUUAUCUCACGCAAAUCGUUUACCUGUAACUAUUCAAUAUCUUUAUGAAAAAUUAAUUACAGCUGAGCGUUUCCGGUAUUUGUGUUAGCUAGUCUAUAAUCAAGAGGCUGAGUUCCUCAUUGUAAUUCAUUCUAUUAUCAAUCAAAUUUCAAGUUUCAAGUUCAUACGAACUGGUUCUUUGUGCAAGCUUCUGUCAAGAGUGCUCCAGAGGUUUCACGUGUCUCUUAUCAACUAGAGAACACGUCUAGUUGUGGUGAGCUUCUACCCAAUAGCGAUUGGCCUAAGUCACAAGUGGGUGAUUGUUUGAUUGGUUUCAUAUACCAAUUGGCCUUUCACAUGAGUUGGAAUCUGUUUGAUCGUGUUCCAUCUUUAUAUUUUGCUUGAGUUUGGUUCAAAUUAGAGAAAAGCUUCAAAAAUCCAUAAAAAGGAGGAAAGUUGUGUACUCUGGUCAUAUCAUAGACGCUUUUAAACCAUGUAGCUUUCCUUCAUUAACUACCUUGCCAGUUAGAGCUUAUAGAUCCUCUACACACAUAAGAAAGAGAUGAGGAGAUAUGGGCUCUCCCUAUCUCAAACCUCUUUCAGGGGGUGAAAGUCUCUAACAGAUGGCCAUUGACUAACACUGAGUAUGAAUUUGUAGUGAUACAGUCCAUUAUCAACUUAACCCAACGAUCCGCAAAGCCUAACUUCAUCAUCAUAUCCUGUAGAAAAGACCACUCCACUCUAUCAUAAGCCUUAGAGAUAUCCAACUUGGCCGCCAUCAUCACCUUUUUCGCUUUCUUUUUCUGCUUCAUACAUGGAAGCAUUCAAAAGCAACCAGUAAAUUAUCCAUGAUGAACCUUCCAGGUACAAAAGCACUUUGUGCUUCCCCGAUGACUCUGUCAAAUACCCUUUUCAGCCUGUUUGCUAAAAAUUUAGGCAUAAUCUUAUGCAGUACCUUAAAGAGACUGAUUGGUCUGAACUCAAGAGGUGUUGUAGGCUUUUUAGUUUUAGGUAUCAGAGCUAUUAGGUGUCGUUUAACUCGGGGGGGGGGGGGGGGGGACUCACCACUCUUUAUAUAGCUUCUGAGCUCUUCUUUCACUGCUGGCCCUACAACUGUCCAAUUCUUCCGGAAAAAUCUACCUGGCAUUCCAUCUGAACCUGGAGCCUUAUUUGGCCCCAUAUGUUUAAGAGCAUAGUAAAUCUCCUCAUCAGUGAAAGGUAAUAAAAGCUCUUGAUUCAUAUCUGGAGUAACUUUAGAUGUAACUACAUCCAUAAUUUGACUACCCUCUGGUCUUCCUCCUGCAGUAAACGGAGUUUUCAGAU